UUCUGGGUCCGCAUUAUGAGCUCCACGUCAAAUGUUCUGUCAAGAUGACUUACACCUACGUUAAAAUUUCUGACAUUUCUCUCCUGGGUGCAAGUAUCUGUGGCUGGCUCUAUUUCCUUGCAUGGUCUGCCUCUUUCUACGCCCAGCCGCUAUUAAAUUGGCGCCAUCAAUCAACAAAGGGGCUGUUGAUUGACUAUCCACUACUGAAUGUCUGGGGUUUUGUCUGCUAUACCGUCAGCAUAUUUGUACUCCUUCUCUCGCCAACCGUAAAAGCCCAAUAUGUCACGCGGCAUCCCUCUCACCCAGAUCCAACAGUACGGUGGAUCGAUCUCGCAUUCGCAGUCCAUGCGUUGCUGCUGUCCCUCUUGACCCUCAGUCAAUUCAAACCUCGUCUCUGGAGGUGGCACGAUCAUCAGAAUGCAACAGGUCUAGAGUUUAACAACGCGAGACCUGCUCGGACAGUAUGCUGGCUGUUAGCGGGAGCUGGCCUAGUGGUGAUAAUAAGUAUUGCCGCCGCGACUUUAGGGGAGAGCAGCGGCGAAGGGCACCCUCGCUGGCUAUUUUUAGAUGUUGUACCACCUUGGUAUCGAAAAGUGAUGAAAUCAGAAGUUGACCUUUUCUACUCACAGAUUACGACCCUGUCUCUAUUGAAAGUCCUUCUGACAAUCGUGAAAUACGUUCCUCAAGCACUAUCGCAUAUCCGCCAGCGCUCAACGUUUGGUUUCUCCAUCACCCAAGUGCUGUUAGACACAACUGGCGGAAUUUUCAGUCCGACACAACUUUUGCUUGAUUCGAUUGAUUCUGGGGAUAUAUGGAAUGGCGCAGCCAGAGCGAUAACCGAAAAUCCAGGAAAGCUGGGCCUAGCCUGCGUCAGCUUGGCCUUUGACGGGCUAUUCGUUAUACAGCAUUAA